AUGGCCCCACUGCAGAAAAACCACACCUUGAGCUCUGACUUUAUCAUCUUGGGCUUUGGGGACCUGGCUGAACUACAAAUCUUCUUUUUCGGACUCUUUCUGAUUAUGCAUCUUGUCACCUUAGCUGGGCACACCACCAUUGUGCUCAUCACCUGCACUAACUCCUCCCUUCAGACCCCCAUGUAUUUCUUCCUCCGCAACCUGUCUGCCAUUGAAAUUUGCUAUAUAUUGGUCAUCGUCCCCAACAUGCCGGCCAACUUCCUGUCCCGGAGCCAGCAGAUGCCCUUCCUGGGCUGUGCCUUGCAGAUGCAUCUCUUCAUCGCCCUGGGCGGUGCGGAGUGUUUCCUCCUGGCCGCGAUGGCCUACGACCGCUUUGUGGCCAUCUGCAGGCCCCUGCGCUACCCGCUCACGGUCACCAGGACCCUCUGUCUGCAGAUGCUGGCCCUUGCAUGUGUCAGUGGCUUUGCACUGUCCCUCGCCCUGACUACACUGAUAUUCCUCUUCCCCUUUUGUCAGUCCCAUGAGGUCAAUCAUUUCUUUUGUGACAUUCCUGCGGUGCUUUUUCUGGCCUGCUCGGACACCCGAGCCAACGAGAUUGCCAUCUUCCUGGUCUGCACGCUGAUCCUGUUGAUUCCCUUCUUCCUGAUCCUGCUCUCCUACGGCUUCGUCACUGCUGCUGUCCUCAGAAUCCACUCAGCCGAAGGCAGGAGCAAAGCCUUCUCCACCUGUGCUGGGCACCUGCUGGUCUCUCUUCUGCACUACGGCUGCGCGAUAUUCAUCUACAUUCGCCCCAAGUCAUGCUACAGCCCGGACCAGGACAAAAUCAUCUCCUUGAUCUACACCAAUGUCACUCCCAUGCUCUACCCUGUGAUCUACAGUCUGAGGAACAAGGAAGUCAAGGGUGCCCUCAAGAGACUCCUCGAGAGCCACAACUGA